GUCGAUCUCAUGUGAGUGACAGGUUGUGACGCUCAGAUUGUGCAGUCGGUGGAAUAACAUGGUUCCUUAUUUACUAUAGAAAUGCUGUCUAAAAAGGUGGGCAAACAGCUGGGUCACCCCACGUAUUCUUUAACUGGAUGGUUGGUAAGCAAGUUCUUUAAAUGGCACAAUCAGAUUUUGGAGGAGAAUGCUGUGAAACUGAGCAACAUACAACCCAACGACACGGUGCUGGAGCUGGGUCAUGGGCCGGGCCUUGGUCUGCAGGCGGCCUCGCAGUUCCUCACGGGCCCGAGAGGGAAACUGAUCGGUGUGGACUACUCACAAUACAUGCAUCAGAUGGCCAGUGAGCGCAUGAAGGAUCAGAUCUCCAGAGGAAAGGCUGUGUUGUAUUGCAGUGAUUUGGUGGCCAUGCCAAUAGAGGAAAACACUGUUGACAAGGUGUUUCACUGCAACUGUUAUUACUUCUGGCCGGAUCUGAAAGCGGGAGCGAGAGCGAUUCACAGAGUGAUGAAACCAGGUGGAAUUAUGGUUACAGCUCUCAGACUAGAGAGUGUUAAAAAAGUAGCCUCGAAGAACAUGUUUAGCGGGGAGAACUGGCGUCCUGAGGUCUACAUGGAAGCGCUGCAGUCCUCUGGGUUCACAGAUGUCCGAAUGGAGAACAAAAGAGAGAAACUUGUCACGUUUCAAGCUAUUUUUGCCACUGCUGUGAAGUAAAAUUACUGUGUGAUAUGAUAAGAUAUCUGUCCUGCCUGCCAGGAUCGAAUGUAUUUCAAUUUGUUGUUGAAUAAUAAACAUUUGAACUGUGGCUGUAAA